UCGCGUCCCCCCGCAUUCUCCCCUUUCCCGGCAUCAGCCGAGAGACGAUCACGGCGGGUAGAAUGCCUAACGAGGAUCCCUUUCCCAAACUUGACGAGCCGCCCGAGGAGAUCGCGGGGGGCAAGGAGACUAGCGAUAGUUCGCUGCCCGACUUGGCGGGCCUCAUGCAGACGACGAAAAAACCUCCUCGCCUGCCCAAGUGUGCCAGGUGUAGGAACCAUGGCUACGCUUCGCCACUAAAGGGGCAUAAACGCUUCUGCAUGUGGCGAGAUUGCCAGUGCAAGAAAUGCAACCUGAUCGCGGAGAGGCAACGGGUGAUGGCGGCCCAGGUGGCCUUACGAAGGCAACAGGCUCAAGAAGAAGAGUUGGGAAUUACCCAGCCCAUCCCCUUGCCCAGUGCUUCAGACUUGCUUGUUAAGAAGGAAAAUAAUGGUAACAACUCCUGCUUAAUGACAGAAAACAGCAGUUUGACACUUUCAGCAAACACUUCAACUACCACAUCAGGUUGGUGGUGCCAUAUGGAAUCCUCUGGACAAAUACCUCAGGAAGGGGCAGAGGGACGGAUGGUCCUUCAGGAAAUCCCUUCCAUCUCCAGCAGAGGGCACAUGGAGAACACAUCUGAAUUGGUUGCAGACUCCACCUACUUCAGCGGUUUUUAUCAGCCCCCCCUGUUUCCUUACUACAACAACCUAUACAACUAUCCCCAGUAUUCUGUUACCUUGACUACUGAUUCCACUUCGGGUGACAUGGGGGGCGCUCUAGGUGGUUCGUCUAUGAAAAACAGCCUCCGGAAUAUCCCAGGAACUUUUAUGUCCAGCCAAUCAGGAAACCAGUGGCAGAUGAAGGCCACUGAGAAUCGCCAUGCUGUGAGUUCUCAAUACAGGAUGCAUUCCUACUACCCUACUACCUCCUAUCUGGGCCAGAGUGUUUCACAGAUCUUCACUUUUGAGGAGACCCCUACUUUCUCAGAAGCAAAGCCAAGUGAUCCAGGUACAAGCGGAAUCGAACAGAUCCAAAGACAGUCUUCAGCCACAUCAGGAAUGUUGGGAAGUUCGAUGAGAGUCAAUCAAAUGAUUGGAGAUUCACAGAUGAAAGUAUUUUCACCACCCAGCAAUCAAGACUCUGGCUUAGUUUCUCUUUCCAGCAGUUCUCCUAUUAGUAAUUCAAGCACAAAAGGCACUCUGGAGUGUGAAUCAGCUUCGGAAUCUGGCACCUUCACGGUUAAUGCUGUCUUAGAAGAUAAUGAAUAAGCAGAGUUCUAGAUAUGAGUCUGCGGUUUAUGUAGAAAAAUGGGCACAUUCUAAUAAGUCCACUAUUCAUUGUUUGUGUUUUGCAUUGGCUAAAGGUGAAGUAACCUUUGAGAAAGUGUUUAGUUUUUUCUCUUUAAGUUUAUGCUAUACUGACCAAAGGUUAACACUUUUGUAAUGGCAUAGGUGCCGUAACUUUACAAACUAUUGCAGAGUUUAAGUGCUUUGCACAAAGAAUAUACUGUAGCUCUGUUCUUGUUUUUCAUUUUUUAUGGCUUUGAAUUUGUAAUAGUUUUACCACCAAAUACAGUAGCCUUAAGUAAUACACUUUAAUGUAAAUGAAGUAUGAUCAAAGUGAUGGUAGUUUUAGCUGAAAAUUAUGCGUUAGGAUUCUCUGAAAGUUUGGUUAGUAGGUUACAUAGUAAAACUAUGAUAAGUUAAAUUUAACUAAAUCCUGGUCAGUGAGCCAAGACCAACUGAUCAUGAGCAACUAUAAUAUGCUAGUUUUAAUUUUUGCAUAUUUUGAUCAAAUAUAAAGAACCUGACAUGAUUGAAAACUCCGUGUCUGAAGAAAGCAACAAGCCCUUAAGCUUUAACACAAAUUUUCAAGUAAGGUAAUUCAUGUGAGGCAUGUGUUCUUCAUUGUUUCUAGGAUUAUACUAGAGUUUGUUCACAUGCUCUCUUUACUAAUUGAAUACAAUUAACAUUUUGCGUGUUACAAUGUAGUGUUCUGUGUAACAGAUUAGAGUCGAAACUGAAAGUAAAUAUGCUUCUAAAGUUGCUACCGGCUUCUGUUUAUAAUUUUGUUAAAAUCAGCUUACAAGAGUAUUCUCCUUACGAUACAGAAGCCAACCUGAAAUGAAACUCGUCGAGAGAAAUUCAUUGUUCUCUGUAGUUGCAGCUGUACCUGAAAUAAAAACGUUAUUGAUGACUGAA